GAUAAGAACCAUUUGGCCCAUCUAGUCUGCUCAAUAUUAUAAAUACUAUCAAUAGUCCGUGGCCCUAUCUUAUAUACUGGAUAGCCUUAUGCCUUCAUAGAAUUCUUCAUCACUGAACUUGUCUCAGGUUCCAUGAAUGAAUAGGAGGAGCCACCAAUGUGUGUGCUGCUGUUUCUUUAAGGACAUAAAUGCAUUACAUAAGCUCUGCUUGAUGUAUAGGCGGGACGCAGAGCCCUGACUGGAUAGAAGUGUGUGAGCUUCCUGAGUGGCCUGGCUGUCAUGGCUCUGCUAAUGUUAGAAGGUAUAAAGAGGGCUGCCAGUCUCUGCCAUCCCAAAACGUGGAGCUGCCGAUCAUACAGAGUUACGGCGCAGCUGAUAGAUGAUUUGAGGGCAGUGGCUGGAGAAAGCAAUGUGUCAACAGCAAUGGUUGUCCGGGAGCAGCAUGGCAAGGAUGAAUCCAUGCACAGCUGUAUGCCCCCUGAUGUUGUUAUCUGGCCACAGAAUGUGGAGCAAGUCAGCAAGGUGGCAGAACUUUGUUAUACAAACAACAUUCCCAUGAUUCCUUUUGGCACCGGGACAGGGCUGGAAGGGGGAGUGUGCGCCCUUAAAGGAGGAGCAUGCCUCAAUCUUACACGAAUGGACAGCAUUCUGAACCUUUGCCGUGAUGACUUCUAUGUGACUGUGGAGCCAGGUGUCACCCGUAAAGCUCUGAAUGCAUAUCUAAGGGAUAGUGGCUUGUGGUUCCCUGUAGAUCCAGGAGCUGAUGCUUCUCUGUGUGGCAUGGCAGCUACCAGUGCAUCAGGCACCAAUGCAGUACGGUAUGGCACCAUGCGUGACAAUGUUAUCAAUAUGGAAGUUGUUUUGCCAGAUGGUCGUAUACUGAAUACAGCAGGAAAAGAGAGAAGCUUCAGGAAGACAUCAGCUGGGUACAACCUGACAAGCCUGUUUGUGGGCUCUGAGGGGACGUUGGGGAUUAUAACCAAGGCCACACUGCGUCUCUAUGGAGUGCCAGAGGCCACUGUGGCUGCGUUGUGCACCUUCCCCAGUGUACAGGCUGCAGUAGACAGCACAGUACAGAUCCUACAAUGUGGAAUCCCUAUUGCCAGGAUUGAGUUCUUAGAUGAUGUCAUGAUGGCUGCGUGCAACAAAUUAAAUGGCCUCAGUUAUCCUGUGUUGCCUACACUCUUCCUGGAGUUCCAUGGAACAGAGACUGGAGUAAAGGAGCAAGUAGAGCAGACAGAGGAAAUCACACAACUGAAUGGAGGAUCGGACUUUUCUUGGGCAAGUGAUCAGGAACAGAGAAACAAAUUGUGGACAGCAAGACACAAUGCAUGGUAUGCCGCCCUUGCCUUGCGUCCUGGGUGCAUGGGUUAUGCAACUGAUGUGUGUGUACCUAUUUCCAAACUUCCCCAAAUCAUAGUGGACACCAAGGAAGAUCUCAUGGCGUCAUGUCUUACAGGUCCCAUAGCCGGACAUGUUGGUGAUGGAAACUUCCAUUGCAUUAUGGUGCUAGACUUGAAUGACAAGGAAGAAGUAAGAAAAGUGAAGGAAUUUACAGACCGGCUGGCCAGGAGAGCUCUGGCCCAGAAUGGAACCUGCACUGGUGAACAUGGCAUUGGCAUUGGAAAGCGUGGGUUACUACAGGAAGAGAUUGGAGAAGUUGGUAUCGAAGCAAUGAAGCAGAUUAAAGCCACAUUUGAUCCAAAGAAUCUAAUGAACCCAGGAAAACUGACUUAAAUGGACAGUGGAGCACUGACACCUCCAACCAUGAACUCACUCAGGAUGACUCCAAAACAAUGGUACCGCUCACCUAUCAAGGGGGGUGCCCCCCCUAUAAUUCAUAGGACUUCAAAAUCAUUAAGUUAAAGAGUACCUGUCAUCAAACCAUAUUUUCUAAAAUAACUCAGAUUCUAUUCCUAACACCCUUUAAAAAGCUCUUUAUCAUACCUUUCCCCUUGCUCCCUUUUUUGUGAGCUCCCGGCAGGAGAAAAUGGGCAUUCCCCAGCAGACGCCACGUCACUUAAGCCUGCGAGAGCUUUGCUUCGCCAUGCCCCGCACGCACUUCCUGAGUUUGGUCUCCUGCCAGGCCGGGAGGAGACCAAACUAACUAUUUGACUUGCACAGGGAACAGAACAGAGCCACCUAGUGGCAGUUUUUUCAAUCAUAUUAAAAACAUAAAGGUUGAGAAAAUAGCAAAGUGUCUUCUAGUUACAUAAGGAACAAUAUAUUAAAAGUUCAUUUUGGAGACAGGUACUCUUUAUUCAGUACAUUUAUUUCAUUUUGUUCAAAUGAAGUAUUGUAAGUAUAUACAAUCAUACAUUACACCCAAUCUGUGUAUAAACAGAAAUUCAGAAGACAUAUGAACACAACAUUUUGGCCCAGUUAGGACCUUUUUUAAAUCGUACCUGUCAUUAGUGAUAAAAAUGUAUAUCUUAUAGAUUAGCUUGUUGGAAUUACCUUUCUAAUAUACUUCUGAAUAAAAUGUUGUAACUUUAUGUUAAAUUAACCCCUAACAGUUUGGCCAUCAGUCUGGUCCUGCCAACAGUCCUGCUUGCAGAUUGUCUCCUGCAGCCUGGCAGAGACAAAAAUCAGAACAUGCAGGUGGGACCUUAGCUCAGCACAGUGUAUAGAGCUAAAUAUUUCAGCUCCCUUUCCCUUUGAGCUGAAUUAGACUGUAGAAUCAUGAUACUUUCAGUGCAUAGUACUGAAUAUUGUGCUAAAUAUUUGAGCUCCCUUUAGCAGCUGUUGGGCAGUGCUAACACACAGUAGUUCAGUGCCGAGAGCUCAGGUGGGUGUGUGCGACCUUAGCCAAUCACAGCCCAUCUCACACUGAACUGCUCUUGGCUGUUUCUAGCAGAGUGAGAGAGGAAGUGCUCCCCUGCAGGGCUUCAGGUGAUGUCACAUCUGUCAGGAAAAGCCCCUUCCCAGUCUGUGGAGCUUACUGAGACUGAGCAGAACGUACAAAACAAUAUCAAGGUAGGAAACAAAAAUAGAUAAUAAAAAAUAAAGGGAGGGAGUGGUUUAUUAUGAUGGGGGGGGGGGGGAGUGAACUGAGAGAAUUAAAACAUUUAUUAAGCACAUGACAGGUACUCCUUAAGUGUACAUGGGCUGCAUGAGGAGAAUAGAGCUUGUAGCAGGUGUGUUUUCUGUAAAUAUGCAGAUUGGAUAUAUGAUUUUGUAUACCUGCAAUAGUUUAGUCACUCACUUAAAAACACUACAUUCAAAGAAAAAAAAAAAGAAAAGAGAAAAAAAAAAAGAUACUUUUACAGAAGGACCUUGGAGUGCCAUGGAUUAUCUUGUCAUAAAGACAGAUUAAACUGUUCAAUAAAACAGAAUUACUGUGAUUUUCUUUAACUGUGAAUUUAUCAGCACAAUAAACGUAUGUAUUUAAAUGUAUUUGGUCUAUGGAGUUUGUUAUGCCUCUCCCUCUAGGUUUCUUACUCUUAAACAUCUUAUUAACCAACUCAAAAAUGAUAUUCAGAGAUUUUUUAAAAUAUCUUUUUCGUGGCAGGGACGAAUUGCAGUGACCAAAAUGUUUUUACUGCUAAAAAUAAGUUAUAUGUUUAGGAAUCUCCCUAUUCGAUUCCCGUUCCCAAUAGGCUGACUGCAAUCUUUGUUCAUGGGCUAUAUAUAAGUCACACAGUAAAAACAGUGUCCUCCCGAGUUUUGUCCAGAUCUCA